AUGUCUGCCAAUGAUGAGUAUUCUUCUGAUGAAGAAUCAUUUGAUGAAUCUACCAAAUCCAAGGUCCUUUUAGGUUUUGUUGAUGCCCCUAUAAUAAGUGAUGGCAAGGAUCCUGAAGAUAAUGAUCUUCCAACGAUUGAAGAUACCUUUAUUGGAGGACAACCAGUGUGGUUGCAUCCAGAUUCUAAACCUGCUGAAAAAUCAUUAACUUGUGAUGUUUGUAAUGGGAAAUUGGCUUUGUACUUACAAGCGUUUGCACCUAUAGAUGGCAAAUUAUAUGAUCGGGUGAUCUAUGUAUUUGGAUGUAAAAAUACAAAGAGUUGCUCUGGUAAAAAGGGAACCGUUAAAGUGAUCAGAGGGAUUAUCAAGGACUCUGAAACUGUCAAUAGAAUCAAAAAGGAAAACCAGGAAGCAUUGCAAAAGGAUAUGGAAGCUAAAUUGAAGUUGGAGAAACAAAAAAAGUUUAAUGAUGAAUUGACAAAAGAUUUGUUUAAAAAAAAAGAUACACCAGAGGCAUCAAAUCCAUUUGGUGGGAAUAGCAAUCCAUUCUCAAAUCCAUUUGGUCUGAACCCUUUUUCUAAGAAACCCGAAGAAGAAAAAGAAGAGGAAAAGGAGAAAGAGAAAGAGACAAGCAAAUCCAAAUCGUAUGCAGAUGUUGCCUCCAAAAAUGCUCCAAAGCCAAAAUCAGUGAAAAAAUUACAAGACGAUCUUCCCGAGUAUCGUGGAUUAUUUGUCUAUGUUGACAAUGAAAAAUUUAAAAAGAUACAGCAUGACCCUGAAUUGGAAAAAUAUAAACAUUUGAUAGACAAAGAAGAAUACGAUGAGCUGGAUAUUCUAGAGAAACCGAGUUCCUCUGCAUCAGCUUCAGGAUUAGAUAACCCUCAAGCUAGUCAGAUUUCAAACAUGUUGAAUGAUAAGUAUUUUGAAAUGUUUUCCAACACCGUCAAACACAAUCCUGGUCAAGUCUUGAGAUAUGAUCUUGGAGGUAAACCAUUAUUAUACAGUGGCAAAGAUGAUGUUGCCAAAAAAUUUUUGGCACAACCAGCAAACAUUCCUAGACCAAGUUUCAAUCCGUCUAGUGAACGUAGAUUUGAAUUACAAUUGAUGCCUAAAGCAAUAAUGGAUUUAGAAGAUCUUGGUAACAAUAGAAAUGUGGGAAUUAAUGAUAUACUUAACGGAAUGUCAUGGGGAACUAUUAUAGUAUGCACUGAUGAAGAAGAUUUCAUACCAGAAGAAAAUUUUGAUGCUAAUCAAGUCGGAUAUAUAGAAGAAUGGUGUGGGGUCCAAUGGGAAGAAAGUGUAUAA